AUGUCAGGUAAAAAUGAUGCUAAGAUUUCACGUAAGCUGGAAAAAUCAAAAAAUCAAUGGCUAAGAAAAAUCACAGAAGAUGCACAUCAGAAAAUACUUAAUAGUAGUGCAGGUGAUGUUGAAACUGAAGUCACUCUUAAUGCUGAGCAAACAAAUGUUUUGUAUCUCAAUAGUCAGCUGGAAGCUGUGAAGCAGGAAAUCAGUGAUAUUAAGACUGAAGUCACACUUAAUGCUGAACAAACAAAUGAUCUGUAUGUAAAGAGUCAGCAGGAAGCUGUGAAGCAGGAAAUCAGUGAUGUUAAGACUGAAGUCACACUUAAUGCUGAACAAACAAAUGAUCUGUAUGCAAAGAGUCAGCAGGAAGCUGUGAAGCAGGAAAUCAGUGAUGUUAAGACUGAAGUUACACUUAAUGCUGAACAAACAAAUGAUCUGUAUGCAAAGAGUCAGCAGGAAGCUGGGAGGGGAAGUGUCUGCUCUUCAUGUUUUCCCAGCCCCCUUCACUGGUGUCCCAACCUAACCUCAUCAACAGAGCUAAACUGUGAGCUUCUAAACGCAGAUAGCACUAAUAUAGUGAAAGUGGAAAUAACAGAAGAUCUAUGGUUGAGGCAUCAGCUGGGAGCAUCAAAUGAGGAAUCCAGUGACAGCAUCCGCUCAGUUGAACAAACAGAAGAUCUGUGUGCGGUGAAACCCCUUUUAAUUAAGGAGCAGGAAAACUAUGAGGAUACUGACAUGGAACACCACAAGGAUAUGGAGACAACAUAUCAAUUGAUGAGAUCAGACAGUCCUUGUGAAGGCUGGAGUGAAGAUGACUAUUUCAGUAAAAGCCAUGUAGUGAAUAAACCAUUUUUAUGUUUUGUAUGUGGGAAAAGUUUUACCCACAAAUCACAUCUUCUUACUCAUCAGAAAAUUCAUACAGGACAAAAAGAAUUUUCAUGUUUUUUAUGUGGCCAAUGUUUUACCCAGAAAAUACAUCUUGUUGACCAUCUGAAAAUUCAUACAGGAGAGAAAGCAUUUUCUUGUGUAUGUGGGAAAAGUUUUACACAAAAAUCAAAUCUUAUUAGACAUCAGAACAUUCAUACAGGAAAGAAAGCAUUUCCGUGUUCUGAAUGUGGGAAAUGUUUUAACCAGAAAACACAUCUUAUUGCUCAUCAGAAAGUAUAUAAACAUGAGAAAUCAUUUCCCUGUUCUAUAUGUGGAAAAUAUUUUACCCAGAAAUCAGUUCUUAUUGACCAUCUGAAAAUUCAUUCUGGAGAGAAAGUAUUUUCAUGUGCUAUAUGUGGGAAAUGUUUUAUCCAGGAAUCAGUUCUGAAUGACCAUCUGAAAAUUCAUACAGGAGAGAAAGAAUUUUCAUGUUCUGAAUGUGGGAAAACUUUUAAAUUGAAGUCAUGUCUUUUUAGACAUCAGCAAAUUCAUGCAGAAGAAGAAGUUUCAUGUUCUGAAUGUGGGACAAGUUUUAACCAGAAGUCAAAACUUAUUGCUCAUCAGAAAAUACAUGAACGUAAGAAAUCAUGUUCCUGUCCUAUAUGUGGGAAAUGUUUUACACAGAAAUCGCAUCUUAAUACACAUCAGAAAGUUCAUACUGGAGAGAAAGCAUUUUCAUGUUCUGAAUGUGGAAAAUGUUUUAGCCAGAAAGCAAAUCUUAUUGCUCAUCAGAAAAUACAUACGCGUGAGAAAUUUUCAUGUUCUGAAUGUGGGAAAUGUUUUACUUUGAAGGCAGACCUUGUUAAUCAUCAAAAGCUUCAUACAGGAGAGAAAGUAUUCUUGUGUAAUGAAUGUGGAAAAUGUUUUAAAUUGAAAUCAAGCCUUAGUACACAUCAGAAAAUUCAUACAGGAGAGAAAGCAUUUCCUUGUUUUGUAUGUGGGAAAUGUUUCACCCAAAAAUCAAAUCUUAUUAGACAUCAGAAUACUCAUACACGAGAGAGCUUGAAUAGUAGAUGUUAAGCCCACUUAAGUAAAUGGUCUUCAACCACAAAGAGUUUUUUUAUGCAUGAUAGUAGAUAAGUAAUAGUAUACAUAUUUUUUUCUGAUGCAUUCCACUAGCAUGGGCGUUUGGACUUUCAUUGACUGACAUUUCAGUUGUACAGGUCCAUAAAUUUUUGGACAGUGACAUCAUUUUGGCUAUGUACACCACUACAAUAAUAUUUAAAUAAAGCAAUUAAGAUGUGAUUGAAUUACAGACUUUAAGAUUUAAUUCAACAAUGAAUUGUUAAGAAUUAUUAUAACAGUAUUCAAAUAAAGUCCCCCCAUUGUCAGGGCAUCAAAAUUAACAUAAUUUUAAAUAAAAUGAUCAUUCUUCAUA